CCCAUGCCGCCCAUCAUCGCAGCAAAGCCUAGACGCAAAGUUCGCUUCCAAUCCAGCAAUUCCAGUGCCACCAAACCCCCACCAACGCAAUCCUCCAAAUCUACCAACCAGAAGCGACCGGGCUUACUCCGUCAGACAAAGUCACUGACAUCAGCCGAAAAGAUGGCCAGCCAAGCAGCACGGCCGGGGGUCCCAGACUUGUUCACGCAGCCGCCGUCCAUCCGCGACCCGCUCGUGACAGAUACCACCGAUCUGCAGGACGCGACACUUGAAAAGUGCCUGCCUUUCCUUAAGGGCAUCCAAAGUAGUCAAUCGGGCCCCUUUAAUGCAUGCGGAGUGCCUGCAUUCCAGCGUGAUUCACAUGUAACCUUUGCCUAUGAUUCUCUCGAAGACUACCCUGGGGGCUUUAUGUCCUUGGACGCCAGCCGUCCAUGGAUGGCAUAUUGGGGUCUAGCGUCUUUGUUCCUGAUGGGAGAAGAUCCCACUCGAUUCCGAGAACGACUGUUCAACACACUGCGACCCGCACAGAACACUACCGGUGGUUUUGGUGGCGGUCGUGGCCAAGUAUCCCACUUGGCUGGGAGCUAUGCAGCUGUUCUAUCACUUGCAAUUGUCGGGGGUGAAGAUGCAUUUGCAUUGAUUGAUCGGCAAGCAAUGUGGCAAUGGCUAGGCCGGUUGAAACAAGCCGAUGGAAGCUUUCGCGUCUGUGAAGGCGGGGAAAGGGAUGUACGUGGUGGAUACUGCGUCAUGGCCAUUCUCUCUUUGCUCGAUCUGCCAGUUGAAUUGCCCCCAAAUUGCGAAGCCCGGCAGGCUGGAUUACAGAACUUGACCGAUGGCCUUGCCCAAUAUAUGUCGCGAUGCCAAACAUACGAGGGCGGCAUCUCCGGAAGCCCAGGCGUAGAAGCACAUGGAGCAUAUGCGUACUGCGCGUUGGCCUGUCUGGCCCUCCUGGGCCCUCCGGAAGAGACUAUCACCAGACAUAUGAAUGUUCCUAUGUUACUGGCAUGGCUAUCUGCGCGUCAGUAUGCGCCUGAAGGCGGGUUCUCAGGCAGAACCAAUAAAUUAGUCGAUGGAUGUUAUAGCCACUGGGUUGGCGGAUGCUGGCCAUUGCUUCAGUCUGCUUUAGAUGGUAAGCCACAGGGUAAUGGGCCACCCGCCACGACCGUGGGGCAUCUUUUCAGCCGCGAGGGAUUAUCUCGCUAUAUUCUCGGAUGCUGCCAGGCUCACACGGGCGGUCUUCGCGAUAAACCAGGAAAACACCCCGAUGCUUACCACACCUGCUACGUACUUGCGGGCUUGAGCGCCAUGCAGCAUAACCAUUAUCGCACGGACUCGAGCUGUACAUCGAACCCGAUGGCCUCAUCUGCUUUCUCUUGGCGCUCGAAUCCGAUCCGCGAGGGUAAUGUGUAUGAAAGAGGCGACCGGCUCGAGACACUUCAUCCUCUUUUUGGAAUCCCGCACCACAAUGCCGAUGCCAUGCGGCUCUGGUGUGAAGCCCGACCCAUUCAGCCUUAG